AUGCCAUGCCGUGUUGACCCGGCGCUGCCCCCGGAAGCGACAACAGAACCUGCAGGGACGGCGCUGUGCCAGGGCCAGCUGCAGGUGCUGAGCAGCAGGAAGGGGGCGGCCGGCGGUGCCGCUGGCGAGGAGGAAGGCGAGCCCACCACGUCCCUCGUCCUCGUCUGGCCCUGCGGCUCCUGCGUCGUCACUUUCCGGCCGCCAGAAGGAGUGGAGGGAGCCCGGGUGACCCAGCUGCCCUCCAUCAAGCUCCUGCUGAAGGAGCUGAGCGGCCGCAAUGCUGCGACGACGCUACACGCCAGCAGCCUGGAGAGGCUGGUCGAGCGCCAGGCAGAGGACCUGCUGGCUCUGCUGCACGAGCACGGGCCAUCCACGGAGGGGAUCUUCCGGCUGGCGGCCAGCGAGCGGGCCUCCCAGGAGCUCAGGGAGGCCCUCGACAGCGGAGCGGAGGUCCGCCUCGAAAGCCAGCCUGCGCACCUGCUGGCCGUCGUCCUGAAGGACUUCCUCCGCAAGAUCCCCUCCAAGCUCCUCGAGGCAGAGCUCUACGAGGAGUGGAUGAGCGCCCUGCAGAAGUCCAGCAGGCAGGAGAAGCUGGCAGGACUGAAGGAGGUGGCCGGCAAGUUGCCCGAGGCCAACCUCCUCCUGCUCAAGCGCUUGCUGGCCCUGCUGCAAAACAUCAGCAGGAACGCGGCCACCAGCAGGAUGACUGCCGGCAACCUGGCCAUCUGCGUGGGGCCAAACCUCCUCAGCCCACCCGAGGAGCACACGCUCCCCCUGGACGCCCUGGUGCAGGUGACGGGCAAGGUGACGCGGCUGGUGGAGUUCCUCAUUGAGCACCAUGGAGAACUCUUUGAGGAGGAGGAGGAGGAGGAGGAGGAGGAGGCAGCAGCUGGGCUUGCAGGUGCUUCGGCUGAGGAGUCGCCAGCACCAGGGGCAGAAGCAGGAACAGCAGAGGUGCCUCCAGUCGCUCCAGAAAGCGAACCCCCGAAGAGCUCGUCUGGGGAGAGAAGGUUGCCAGGCUCUUCGCAGGAAAAGGAAGAACACUCCAACAGAAAGAGGAAACUAAGCUGCGAAGAGGAGAGUGACGGCCAGCCAGGGAACAAAAGGCAGAAGCUGGAACCCGAGAUCUCAGGAAUGGGCAACUGCAAAAACCUGGGCAGGGCGAGAAGAACAAGGAGCCCAGAUGAGCUCUGUUACCUGGCCUUCGAGAAGCACGAUGCAGCCCCAGCACCACCUCGGCGGAGGCGAGGAGAGAGUCACCGUGCCCUUCUGCUCUGGCUGGCAGAUUUCACUCACGCACCACCAAGUCAGAGCGGCCCCGCACUGCCCGCAGACCCAUCCCACCCCUUGCAGGAGGCCUUGCUGGCUCGCUCCUCGGCUCCGUGA